ACUGUAAAUCUGAGUAUUUAUGUAAUUAGAAAGAGGCGAACAUGUUUUUGAGUCUUUGUUGAGAUACUUACAUCAAGAAGCCCUCCCACUCCCAACAACCAUGGCUUCGGUUCCGGUGAAGCCUCUACCUUUCGGACGCUUACAGCUUCUUCUCCGGAAUAUUACUCCAACGGUUCCAAGAGCUCAGUCAAUGGUUUCAGCCUCUUUCAAACACCAUCAUUUCUUAGGACUCUCAUCUUAUGAUAUAUGUAUCUAUGAAUCUGUGAGGCAUAUGAGAAAUCUUAGGUCUUGGAGCACUCGCCGGCGAGUAAGCAAAAGCCCCGGCGUAUCUAUGCCGGUAGCUUCUGCUGAAGAUUUACCUGCGGUUUCUUGGGAUUCUUGGAAGCCUGAGAAGACUACGGUGGUUCCGUCGCUGAGUGACGUCAUUUGGCCUGCAGCAGGAGCGUUUGCGGCAAUGGCGAUACUGGGAAGGAUAGAUCAUAUAUUAAACCCUAAAGGUAUCUCAAUGUCGGUUGCACCACUUGGUGCCGUCUCUGCCAUUCUUUUCACCACUCCUUCUGCCCCUGCUGCUAGGAAAUACAAUAUAUUCAUGGCUCAAAUAGGUUGUGCAGCCAUUGGAGUGUUGGCGUUUUCCAUCCUCGGGCCCGGUUGGCUCUCCCGCAGCACCGCCCUCGCGGCUUCCAUCGCGUUUAUGGUCAUUGCUCGUGCUAAUCAUCCGCCUGCGGCGAGUUUGCCACUGAUGUUCAUUGACGGAGCGAAGUUACAAAAGUUGAGCUUUUGGUACGUACUAUUCCCAGGUGCAGCCGCUUGUAUCGUCCUCUGCUUCCUCCAAGAGAUCGUGUGUUACUUGAAGGAAAACUUGAAAUUUUGA